GUUUACAUUUUUAUACGGAGGAGAUAAAAUUCGAUUUUAAAAAUCGAAUACAUAGUGCGGAUGCUUACCAAUAAAUAUAUUAAUUAAAAUAAUAAACUUUUAAACUAUUUAAUAUAUACCCUAAAUUGGAACUUUCUGUUGCUUGUAUUUUGUAGAAAGCUUUUCUGGUUGUACAGUAACGUGUUGCUCUCAAAGUUGGAAGUGACUCUUUCCUGACCGCAGUCGGUCUGUGCGUGUGUUAAUAGGGGAGAGGAGGAUAAGAGUCGGGACCUGCCCCAGAGCGAACAUGUCUGUCCAAGCUCGAGGCCACUUGUCUUCCUCUGUAAGGCAGUGUCUGCUGUAAGGUCCCUCUGGUCUCAACCACAGGUCUCUCCAAAUACCUCACCUUAAUGCUCCGCGCAAUCUUUCCGAAACUUAACCAAUCCGACUUGUGCUCGUCUAGCCUCUGAUUCAUUCCCUAUCCAAGACUAAAGAAUAAACGCACCUGUAAGGUGCAGUUCUGUAAUAGGUUGCUUGGCCAAUUCAAAAGGAAGCUGUCAAACACCCCAGUAAUAAUCACAUUUGACCAGAUGUCACAGUGAUAGUGACAGCGAAGCUAAGGAGAGUCGCCGUUAGGAGAGAGCUAAUGGUGAAUGGGCUUCAAAUGAACGUCCGCUGCUGUUCACUGUUAGCGGUGUCACAACUUGGUGUCCAGUUCCCCAUGGAAAUGUUUUGAAUGAGAUUGUUUUAUUUUCACGAUGCCAACACAAGCAUAGAAAAGAAGUGGCCCCACACUAUAAAGUUAUUUGGUUCUUCGUUGUGAAGAUGUUUGCAGUGCUCUCAGCGCUCCGUUUUCUCACACUCUGUGGCUCAGAAAUCUCAGCCCAACGCGAUACAACCAUUGAUGCCAUCGUUGGACAAGAUGUUCAUUUCCCUGUGGAGACUCAGUGCGAAGAUCAAUUUCUGGUAACAUUUCAGUUACUUUCCCCGGUUGAUGCAGUUCUUGCCUCGCGGGGAAUGAACUUGUCUGGGACACAGCACCCGCUGUACAAGGACAGACUGUACUGGAGCGCGAAUGGUUCCCCGGUGCUGUCCAAAGUGCGGGUUAAUGACAGGAAACGAUACGAUACCCAGAUCGACUGCUACCACGAGUCCUCAAUGACCACAGCGAAACAGAUCUACGACUUGCGCGUGUUCGAACCAGUUCAGAAGCCGGUGAUAAUACAAAUUUGGAAGUGUCCGCCUCCAAAUAUUACUCUGAACUGCUCUGUCUCCAAUGGAACAUAUGUUACAUUCUACUGGGAUAUUCUAUCUCUGUCUGAAAACACCAACAGAACCUUUGAGGGGCCGGAACUGGUGGUGAACCAUGAGAAUGAGUGGAAACAAUACAUAUUCAGGUGCAUAGUGAAGAACAGAGUUAGUAAUGCAAGUAGUGGACUCACUAUUACAGAGUUGUGCAAUGAAAAUAAUUUUGCACGUGAGUACCUCUAUUACAUAUACCCAGCAACGUUGCUGUUACUUGCAGUUGUAGUCGUAUAUAACUACCAAAAAAUAAAACAGUGUGCCCAUGACGAACAAUUCAAGAGGGAAACACAAAGGCCUGGAAAGGAAGUGGUUUUCCUUCAAGAUGGAGUUAUUGAACCCACAUAUAUUGAUAUUUUGGAUUCAUACUAAAGACAGCCCAUGAACUGGACACCAAUUGAAAACUGAAAGAAAAUGAUUGAACCCCGUCUGCUGCAAAAUGGGGAUCAGUUAUAGUGACCUUCAACCAACUCUGUAUGACAGUACCCUGGAACAACAAUGAGUUUCAUGACAUUAUCAUUGCCCAACUGAACAGAAAAAAAAAAUCAACGCUUGAAUUCCAAGCAUACAUCUCCACAAGAGGAUGUAUUUGAUGAUAAGAGGCCUGGUACUUUAUAUUUCUGAAAUACAUCAGCUGAAGGAAAUCUGAUUUCCUUUGACUAACCUGUUUCCAAUUGUAUCAUUCUGUACAGUGUCUCCAGCUGAAUGUUCAUGCGCAUUUGUCAGUUAGUGUGAAAUUAACUUUUCUGCAUUGCAUAACUGUAGAUUAAGACUGAGAAUGAGGCACAAAACUGGAAUUAAUGAUUGUUAUUUUAAUGAAAAUUUUCAUCCAUCAAACCCAUACUGUCAGUUUUGCAUGUUCACAAAUAAGAGAAGAUCUGUAGAUGCUUUAAAUCCGAGCAACACACAUAAGAUGCUGGAGGAACUCAGCAGGCCAGGCAGCAUCUAUGGAAAAGAGUACAAUCGACAUUUCGGCCCGAAACUUUAACUGUACUUUUUUCCAUUGACGCUGCCUGGCCUGCUGAGUUCCUCCAGCAUUUUGAGAGUUUUGCAUUUUGAUCAACCCCUUGAAGCUGACCAUUGUAAAAAAUGCUAUGGCUUACUGCAGGUAAUAUGAUCAAUAUCCAAAAGUGUUUUUGUCGUGAAUAUUGAGUGAACAUUUCAUUUCUAAGGUCACUUUUCAUAAAAGCAGGGAAAAUAGUACUGAGUUUUGUAAUUUAAAAAAUGUUUUAUUUACUUAUCUCUUCACAAAAUCUUUCUCUUUAUUUUGUCAGUUGCCGAUGUGACAUUCCAUUAAACCAUAUUGAAAUAGAAUAAUUCAGUUGAGAUUAUUCAGAAGACAAGAAAAGCAACAUUAAAAGUACAAUUCUGAUUAUGCAUUUUAAAUACAUUUCCACCGACAAACAACCCAUUUAAUGAUGCACAAUUCAUAUGGAAAACAAGCAAAUUAAUUUAAGACCAGGAUGGAAAUUCAAUAAACCUACAGGCAUACUUUGUAAUGAUCUGAAACUGAUAAAGAGUGGGAUUCAUAUCUCAGUUUUGUCAACAAGUUGUUUACCUACAGUAUGUUAUCAGCUGUUUACUCUUUUCCAUAGAUGCUGCCUGAUCUGCUGAGUUCCUCCAGUAUUGCUUUGGAUUCGAACAUCUGUAGAAUUUCUCAUGUUUGUAUUGUAUAACCUUACCAUUGGAUGAUAUAGGUCAUAGGCAACUAUAUUUGUAUUAGAAUGAUACUGUACUAGUUGUCAUAGUUAAUCACUCAGCCUACUCGAUAUCUGGAUAUCAUCUAUGCAGAUGCUGGAAUAAACUAUUAUUGCCGCGGGCUGCUAUAAAGUAAUUACUUUGACAGUUUUGUUCCAUUACCAAUGGAUUAGCAAGUGAAUCCUCUUUCUGCUUCUUACAGAACAAUUCACUAGGCCUCCAGACCAGUGCCAAAUCUUCUGUUUAAUUGGAAAUGAUAUCCUGGGUUAAGUUAACAUUUUUUUCAGACAUAAAGGUAUCAGUUCCAGUCAGUAAGUUCCUAAUGUAAAAAAUAUUAGGGAUUCCCUCUAUCAAAUAAGUGGAUUUGCCUGCCACUUCUCCACCAUAAUUAAUCAAGACCUUGCAACACAAUGUGGUACGUGAAUAGCUAACCAGAUCAACUAAAGCGAUAGUACAUCAUGCACACACGUGAAGAAUGUUCUGGCCAUGUAGAAACACAUGUAUUCUUUGAUGUAAAUGCUUUUCUCACUGAACUUUGCACUAAGUCAAUGCUGCAUAUCAAAUUUAUUAUAUAAUUACACAAGUCUAAUUAAUAGAUAGUCGUAUGAGGCUGAAGCAAUAUUACAGGAAUGAUCAUUGAGAAGGAGAUUUAAAGCCACAGUAAAUUGGUUCUCUGAGAUUUGUGCUCUUCUCUAAAACUAGAUCAAAAUUAUUCUUUGUUGAAUAUCUGACUUUAUCCAUGGAUAUGGCUCCAUGAACUUAGACAUUUUAUGGUAAUUGUGAAGUACUGAAAUGGUUUGUUGCCAUACUGAUAGAACCAAGUUGGGCAGGAUUUCAGUCAAUAAUUUACAUUGCAUAUAUAAUGAUGCAUUGUAUGUUAAUACAAUACUGAUGCUCUAUCAUGGGCCAUUUAUUUGUGUCUGUGUAUAUAUUUGUUUUUAAUCUUUGUUCAAGGUUUUAUAUGUUCUCCAUUCCUGAGCUCACAUUGGAUGCACACCGACUUUAUUUCAUUAUUGGGUACCUUCCAUUGGGUUUAAUUACCAGCAGUUCUUGAUUUAACAACAGGUCAGAGUCAGGUACUGUUUUCCAGACUCAGCUGCCCAAAAUCAUCAGGGGACA